AUGUCUUUAACUAAAAGAAAACGUUCUCAUGAAAAGGAAGAAUUGAUUGAAAAUGGUGAUCCAGUUUUUAAUCAAAGUAAUAUAAAAGGGGAUGAAUUAAACAUAGCAGUUUUACUCUUUCUAUACACACUUCAAGGCAUCCCUUUGGGUCUGGCUGGAGCUGUUCCUAUGUUAUUACAAAAUCGUGGCAUUACAUACACUCAACAGGCUGAGUUUAGUUUUGUCAAUUGGCCGUUCAGUGUUAAACUAUUGUGGGCUCCAAUAGUGGAUGCAUUAUUCUGGCCGAAGUUUGGGAGAAGGAAAACAUGGCUUGUUCCUGUACAAUAUUUAAUUGGUAUAGGCAUGAUUUUGAUGUCAACAUGUAUAACCGACUGGCUGGGGUCAGAAGAAAAGGCUCCAUCAAUGAUGAUACUUACUGUAACAUUUUUAUUACUCAACUUUCUGGCCGCCACUCAAGAUAUCGCUGUUGAUGGUUGGGCUCUGACUAUGCUUAAGAGGUGUAAUGUUGGACAUGCCUCUACAUGUAACACAGUUGGCCAAACGGCGGGAUUUUUCCUUGGUUAUGUAUUAUUCUUAGCUCUGGAGUCUCCAUAUUUUUGCAAUAAGUAUUUAAGGACAGUACCCGAAGAAACUGGCCUUGUAACUUUGGCUAGCUUUUUACUUUUCUGGGGCUGGGUUUUUAUUGUUACGACAACUUUUAUAGCAAUAUUCAAACAUGAAGCCAAUGAUACUGUUAACACAAAAGAAAGUCAAACAAAGGGUAUGAAAGAUAUUGUGAAUGCAUACAAACAACUAUAUACUAUUGUGAAAUUGCCAGCUGUUAGAACGUUGACUUUAGUGUUAUUCACGGCUAAGCUCGGUUUCUGUGCAAGUGAUGCUGUUUCCGGCUUAAAGUUAGUAGAAGCAGGCGUUCCUAGAGAAGAUUUGGCGCUCCUAGCAGUACCGUUAGUUCCUGUGCAAAUUAUCAUGCCUGUGAUAUUAGCAAAACACACAACAGGCCCGGCACCUUUAUCUCUAUGGCUUCGAGCAUUCCCACUUCGUUUGCUGGUUGGACCGUUAGCUGCAAUACUUGUAGCUUUAACACCAACACUAUUAUCUGAUAGCGGCCCAUCAUAUUCAUAUUUAUUCAUUCUUAUGUCACUUUAUGUAUUUCAUCAGACCUGCCUAUACUGUAUGUUCGUGGCUGUUAUGGCGUUCUUCGCUAAAGUGUCCGAUCCCGCUGUUGGUGGAACAUACAUGACCUUAUUAAACACUGUGUCUAAUCUGGGAACAAAUUGGCCAAACACAUUAGCACUGUGGGCAAUAGAUCAUCUUACAUUUAAAUCUUGCAGUGGCAGUACCUUGAUUGAUAAUACUUGUGCAUCGCCCUUGGAAACUGAGGAGUGUAAGUCAAAUGGUGGAACGUGUAAUAUAAGAAUCGACGGUUUCUAUAUAGAAGUGGUGAUAUGUCUUAUCGCUGGAUUCCUCUGGCUUCAAUGGGGACGAAAAACUAUAAGCAGAAUACAGCGACUGCCGUCAUCUUCAUGGCAAAUAAACCGUAACAGAUAA